UGAAGUAAACUUAGAAAUUAACUAUGUACUAUUGACAAUUUUCCUUUAUCUUCCUUUCAAAAUUCUUCAACAUUCUUUAAGAUGAAUAUUAACGUUGCAAUUUGGGCCAUUUUCCUUGUUAUAUUUUUCAUUUGCUUGGAUUUUGUUCAUGGUUUGUCUGUGAAAAAUGUGAUUGAUUCUCCUCUUUUGACAGAGAAGAUUGACACCAAUCGUACAAUAAUAGUAGAUGUUAAUGGCCAAGGGAAUUUUAAAUCUGUUCAAGCUGCAAUUAAUUCAGUUCCAGAUGGGAAUUCUGAUUGGAUUAUUAUCCAUGUCAGAAAAGGGACCUAUAGAGAAAAAGUUCAUGUACCUCUAAAGAAGCCAUACAUUUUCAUGAGAGGCAAUGGAAAAGGAAGAACAUCCAUAGUAUGGGCAGAAAGUUCCACAGACAACUCCAAGUCUGCUACUUUCAGAGUUGAAGCUCCUAAUUUCGUUGCCUUUGGCAUUAGCUUCAAGAAUCAAGCACUUAAUGGUGUAACUUCUACCUCACAAAACAAGUCAUCAGUAGCAGCUUUGGUGGGAGCAGACAAAGUUGCCUUCUAUCAUUGUGCAUUUUUGAGUUCUCACAACACUCUCUUUGACUAUAAAGGCAGACACUAUUAUGAUGAUUGUUACAUUCAAGGUUCCAUAGACUUCAUUUUUGGCCGUGGCCAAUCUUUAUUUCAUAGCUGUGAGAUAUUUGUAAUUGCAGAUAGAAGAGUAGAGAUUCAUGGUUCUGUGACAGCACAAAGUAGAUAUAGUGCCAAAGAAAACAGUGGUUUUGUGUUUGUAGAAGGAAAAGUAUAUGGAAUUGGAGGUGUGUACUUAGGAAGAGCCAAAGGGGCUUAUUCCAGGGUCAUUUUUGCACAUACUUAUUUGUCUAAGACAAUUGUACCUCAAGGUUGGACUAAUUGGAGCUCUCCAGGAUCAACAAAGAAUUUAUAUCAUGCUGAAUACAAGUGCUAUGGACCAGGGUCUGGUACAGAAGGUCGUGCCCCAUGGUCAAAGCAACUGAAUGACAAAGAAGCCAUGCCAUUCCUCUCCGUAGAUUUCAUCCAAGGCAAGGAAUGGCUUCCAGCUUGGCUUUAAAAUUGAUCAUUUAAUACAGAAGUUUGACAACACGGUUUUCGGAUCACCUCAAACUACACAAAAACGGGUCCAGCUUUGAAGUGCAUAUUGUAGUUGUGUUUUAUGAUGUCUCUGGCUAAACUUUUAAUUUAUUGAAAUAGUUAGCGUACAAUAGACCCUUGUGGUCCGGUCCUUCCCCGGACCCCGCGCAUAGCGGGAGCUUAGUGCAUCGGGAUGUCUUUUUAGUUAGUGUAAACACCCUAGCUCCAAUAACUAAGUAUUCGAUUAGGAAAAAUGGAAAAAGAAGCUCAUUAAUUUUGUAUAAAAGGAUUAGUCAUGUUUAUUAUAUAGUGAUAUACAUGAGUUUAA